GCCACUUCACUGCAUCUUAGUCCCAAGAGCUUCAUCUGCCCGGCCGCAAGCCGGGACCGUGCGUCACAAUGCACCUACAACUACUUCUCAUUAUAACUUUAUGUGCUCUCCAUUGCGAUUGUCAAGGUUCAAGUUGUGAGUUCGGCUCUUUUCGCUGUGGGACGGGCCAUUGCAUUCCAGCAAGUCAGAGAUGUGAUGGCACAUCAGACUGCUCCGACCACUCUGAUGAAAUUGGCUGUCCCCAGCCCACCUGCGAGAGCGGACAGUUCCAGUGUCUGAGUGACGGCGAGUGCAUUCCUCAGAAUUGGGUCUGCGAUGAUGAGGAGGAUUGCGAGGACGGAUCCGAUGAAAGGCGACACUGCCCUGGCAGGACGUGCUUCGCUUCUCAGUUCACCUGUACGAACGGUGCCUGCAUCCCAGGAGCAUACAGGUGUGACCGUGUACCCGACUGCCUUGAUGGAGGAGAUGAGAGGAAUUGCCUUUAUCCAGAGUGCUCGGAGCUGAGGUGUGCUAACGGCGCUUGUUAUAACAGAAGCCAGCACUGUGACCAGGUGCUCAACUGCCGAGACGGAUCAGACGAGGCCAACUGCACCCAGCGAUGCAGCAGUAAUCAAUUUCGCUGUAAUAAUGGAGAGUGCAUCCCACGAGGAUACGUCUGUGACCAUGAUGAUGAUUGUGGGGACAGAAGUGACGAACAAAACUGCACCUACCCAACCUGUAGAGGAACAUACUUCACCUGUCCCAGUGGACGCUGUAUUCAUCAGGUCUGGCUCUGUGAUGGAGAAGAUGACUGCGAGGACAACGCGGAUGAGAAAGGCUGUGAUAACGUUCAGCGUGAGUGUUAUCCAGGGGAAUGGCCGUGUCCUUCUAGUGGCAUCUGCAUCCCACUGGAUCAUCUCUGUGAUGGAACGCCACACUGUCCAGAUGGAGAAGAUGAAACCAACAGCACUGCCGGAAGAAACUGCAGUAUAUGGCGCUGUGCCUCUUUAAGCUGUGAACAUCACUGCCACGCCUCACCUGAAGGAGGGACCUGUGCCUGCCCGACAGGAUAUGUAGUCAACUGGAACGACAGCCGUUCCUGCAUCGAUUAUGAUGACUGUACGCUUUGGGGUAUGUGUGACCAGCUGUGUGAGGAUGGUAUAGGAACCCAUCGCUGCAGCUGUCGUGAGGGAUACAUACUGGAGCAGCAUAGAUACUGUCGAGCAAUUCCUUCCUCCGGCAAUGCCUCACUGAUCUUCUCUAAUGGAAGAGACCUUCUGAUUGCUGAUAUUCAUGGACACAGCACUCAGAUGCUGGUUGCGUCUCAAAACAGAGGAGUACCUGUUGGUGUUGACUUCCACUAUCAGCUGCAAAGGAUCUUUUGGACAGACACAACCCAAAAUAAGGUGUUUUCUGUUGAUAAGGAUGGGUCGAACUUGCACGUGGUCCUUAAUGUAUCUGUUGACUACCCUGAAAACUUGGCUGUGGACUGGGUCAAUAAUAAGCUGUAUGUGGUGGAGACCAGCGUCAACAGAAUCGAUAUGGUAGACUUAGAUGGGAGCAAUCGCAUCACAUUGAUCGGCGAAAACCUGGGCAACCCGAGGGGUCUUGCUCUUGACCCAACUGUGGGGUACCUUUUCUUCUCUGACUGGGAUGAUUUGAAUGGUGAACCUGGUCUGGAGAGGGCUUACAUGGAUGGUACCAACCGCUAUGGGAUCAUCAGGUCCAAGCUUGGCUGGCCUUCAGGGAUCACUUUGGACCUCGAGGCAAAGAGAGUGUAUUGGGCGGACCUCCGAUACGAUUAUAUUGAAACCACGACUUAUGAUGGUCUGCACAGGAAAACAGUGGUCCACGGUGGCUCUGUGAUUCCUCAUCCGUUUGGCAUUACUCUGUUCGAGCAUUCAGUUUACUUCACUGACUGGACUAAGAUGGCUGUUUUGAAAGUUAAUAAGUACAAGGACAACAAUCCACAAGAGCUCUACAAGACCUCUCAGAGACCACAUGGUCUGACUGUGUUCCAUCAAUACAGACAGCCCUUUGUAAGUAAUCCGUGUGGUUCUAAUAGAGGAGGCUGUGAACACAUCUGUGUUCUGAGUCACAGGACAGAUAAUGGCGGUCUGGGAUAUCGCUGCCGCUGCCGAAUGGGCUUCGAUCUGCAUGCUGAUGGCAAAAGAUGCGUCGCUGUGAGGCAGUUCCUGCUGUUCUCUAGUCAGUUGUCAGUAAGAGGAAUCCCCUUCAACCUCUCCACACAAGAGGAUGUCAUUCUUCCUAUCACGGGAACUCCAUCUUAUUUCGUUGGAGUGGACUUCAGUGCUGCAGACAACUCUAUUUUCUUCUCUGAUACAGUGAAGGACAUUGUCUACAAGCAGAAAGUGGAUGGAACUGGAAGAGAGGUCCUUGCAGCCAAUCGGGUGGAGGGUGUGGAAGAUCUCGCUUAUGACUGGAUUUCUAAGAACCUGUACUGGACAGAUCCUCGGUACAGGAGUAUAUCAGUCAUGAAGAUAGCGGAUAAGUCCAGACGAGCAAUUGUGCAAAACCUGAACAAUCCCAGGUCCAUAGUGGUACACCCAGUGGCCGGCUAUAUUUUCUGGACUGACUGGUACCGUCCUGCGAAGAUUAUACGGGCAUGGGGUGAUGGCUCACAUGCUCAGCCGAUUGUAAACACCACUCUCGGCUGGCCCAAUGGCCUGGCUAUUGACUGGAGUGCCAUGCGUUUGUAUUGGGUCGAUGCUUUCUUUGAUAAGAUUGAGCACAGCAACUUUGAUGGCCAAAACAGGUUGUCAUUGGAUCGUGUAACCCAGAUCUCCCACCCAUUUGGUCUUACUAUUUUUGGAGGUUACGUGUACUUCACGGACUGGCGGUUGGGAGGUAUCGUCAGAGUCCGUAAGACGGACGGAGGGGAGAUGAUGGUUAUUCGUAGGGGGAUCAGCCACAUCAUGCAUGUCAAAUCCUUCAACGCUGAUUCUCAAAUCGGAUCUAAUUUCUGCAGCAGGCAAACUAAUCCAAAUGGAGACUGCAGUCAUUUCUGUUUCCCUGCACCGUAUUCACAACGGGUGUGCGGCUGCCCAUACGGCAUGAAACUGGAAGCCAAUCAGCAGACGUGCGUGGACGAUCCGUCCAAUGAGCCGCCGACUCUCCAGUGCGGCUCACACUCUUUCUCUUGCGCUAAUGGGAAGUGCGUUCCCCAAAGUUACCAGUGUGAUGGUGCCGAUGACUGUCACGACAACAGCGAUGAGGCCAACUGCGGAGCCAACAAUAACACAUGCUCGCCCACUGCCUUCACCUGUGCCAACCGGCGCUGUGUGCCCAGAAGCUGGCACUGCGACGGGCAUAAUGACUGUUUUGAUGGCAGUGACGAGAGGGACUGUCCCACACGAACUCCUGGCACCUGUCCAGCAGAUCAGUUCACCUGUGCCAACCAUCUCUGCAUCCCUCAAAAAUGGCUGUGUGACACCGAUAAUGACUGUGAAGACGGAUCAGAUGAAAGGAACUGUGAUUCUAUUGGCACCUGCUACCCAGGACAAUUCCAGUGCCCGGAUCAUCGCUGCAUUGACCCUGAUUAUGUCUGUGAUGGAGACAGGGAUUGUGUAGAUGGGGCAGAUGAGCAGGGAUGUGUAUACAACUGUUCAGCCUAUGAAUUUAAGUGUGCUAACGGACAUCAGUGUGUGAACUCGUACUACCAGUGUGAUGGAGUAUUUGACUGUAAUGAUCGCUCAGAUGAAUCUGGUUGUCCCACCAGGCCCCCAGGCAUGUGUCACCACGAUAGUGAGUUUCAGUGCCAGUCAGAUGGGAACUGUAUUCCCUCCAACUGGGAAUGUGACGGGCACCCGGACUGCGAAGAUGCUUCGGACGAGCAUCACGCGUGCCCACCGCGAACGUGCCCAACCUCGCAGUUCCGUUGUGAUAACGGAAACUGUAUUUUCCGUGGCUGGAUAUGUGACGGCGAUAAUGACUGCCGUGACGGGAGCGAUGAGCGCGACUGUCCCACGCCUCCCUUUCGCUGUCCCAGUUGGCAGUGGCAGUGCCCUGGGCACAGCAUAUGUGUUAACCUCAGUAGGGUGUGCGACAACACCCCAGACUGUCCCAAUGAGGCGGAUGAAUCCCCUCUCUGUAAUGAACCUUUACCAGAUCAAGAGAGCUGCUCUGAUAACAAUGCAGGCUGCACUCAUGGCUGUAUCCAGGGCCCUUUUGGGGCCCAGUGCACGUGUCCUAUGGGCUACCAGCUGAGUAAUGACUCAAAAACAUGCGAGGACAUUGAUGAGUGCCAUCCUCCAGGUGUGUGCAGUCAACACUGCUUCAAUGAAAGAGGCUCUUUUCGUUGCCAUUGUCAGGAUGGAUACACACUGGAGACAGAUGGACGGACCUGCAAGGUUUCAGGAUCUCGAGAGGUCUUGCUCUUAGUGGCCAGUCGGAACCAGAUCAUAUCAGAUAAUGUCAUCUCACAGCCAAACAUCAUUCGGUCUCUGGUUCGAGAUGGUCGUAACAUUGUGGCCGUGGAUUUUGACUCGGUUACGGAUCGUGUUUACUGGUCGGACACCACCCAGGACAAAAUAUGGAGCGCUCAUAAAAAUGGAAGUGACCGCACCGUGAUCUUUGACAGUGGGGUCACAGUCACCGAAAGUCUCGCUGUUGACUGGGUUGGCAGAAACCUUUACUGGACAGACUACGUGUUGGAGACCGUAGAGGUGUCCAAACUGGACGGAUCCCACAGGACAGUGUUGAUUAGUGAGAAUGUGACCAAUCCCAGAGGUCUCGUACUGGACCCUAGAAAUAACACACAUCUGAUGUUUUGGACAGACUGGGGAAGAAAUCCUCGUAUUGAAAGGGCCAGUAUGGAUGGAAAGUUAAGAACCACGAUUAUCAGCGACAAAAUUUAUUGGCCCAAUGGCCUAACUAUUGACUAUCCCAACAACAUGCUUUACUUUGCUGAUGCUUACCUGGACUUCAUCGACUACUGCGAUUAUGAUGGAAAGAACCGGAAACAAGUGCUGGCCAGUGAUUUGGUACUGCAACAUCCCCACGCAAUUACGAUUUUUGAGGAUUUUGUGUAUUGGACCGACAGAUACAUCAACCGCGUGAUCCGGGCCAACAAGUGGCACGGACAGAACCAGACGGUUAUGCUGUACAAUCUGCCCCAGCCAAUGGGCUUGGUGGCAGUUCACCCUGUCAGACAGCCUACAGGUUAUAAUCCUUGUGACCCUCAUCUGAGCCCCUGUACUCAUAUCUGUCUUCUGUCAGCGAUUGGCCCAAGGUUUUAUUCUUGUGCUUGCCCCUCUGGAUGGACCCUCGCUGCUGACCUCUUCACCUGUGUUAGAGUUGAGGAUCCUUUUCUGGUGGUGGUGAGAGACAGCAUCAUCUACGGUAUCCCACUAAAUCCCAAUGACAAGAGCAGUGACGCCAUGGUUCCGGUUGCCGGGCUGCGUAAUGGAUAUGAUGUUGACUUUGAUGAUGCUGAGCAGAUGAUCUAUUGGGUGGAACAUCCGGGUGAGAUUCAUCGGGUCAAGUCAGAUGGUACUAACCGAACUGAGUUUGCGCCGGCAGCCAUCUUGGGUUCUCCGGUCGGUCUGGCUUUGGACUGGAUGACACACAACCUGUACUACUCCAACCCUUCCUCACAGGCUAUAGAGGUUCUGAAGUUAAAAGGAGAUUUUCAAUAUAGAAAAACUCUCAUCACUAACAACGGCUCACCUACAGGAGCGGGAUAUCCGAUCGGAAUUGCAGUGGAUCCAGCACGUGGAAAGCUGUAUUGGACUGAUCACGGAACAGAGAGCGGUAUCCCGGCUAAGGUCGCAUCAGCAGAUAUGGACGGAUCCAAUCCUGUGGUUCUCUUUACUCAUAACCUUGAACAUGUGGAGUUUAUUACCAUAGACAUCAGAGAGAAUAAACUCUACUGGGCCGUCACUGGAACUGGUGUGAUUGAGCGUGGCGACCCAGACGGAUCAAACCGUAUCACUAUAGUCAAUGGGUUGUCCCACCCCUGGGGCGUGGCCGUGUACGACUCUUACCUGUAUUUCACGGAUCGAGAUUUUGAGGUGAUCGAGCGUGUCGACAAAGCCACAGGACUUAACCGGGUCGUAAUGCGGGAUAAUGUUGCCGGUCUUAGAGUACUUAAAGUGCACCACAGAGACUCAUCAGCAGGCUCCUCUAACGGCUGUAGUAAUAACAUGGGAUCAUGCGAGCAGUUGUGUCUUCCACGUCCCGCUGGCCUGUUCAGCUGUGCCUGCGCAACAGGCUUUAAACUCAAUGUGGAUAACAGAACAUGUGCUCCUUACCAGUCCUAUGUGGUCAUCUCAAUGCUGACUGCUAUCAAGGGCUUCAGUCUGGAGGGAAAUGACCACUCGGAAUCCAUGGUGCCCAUAGCGGGGAGAGGUCGCAAUGCACUUCAUGUAGACGUGCACAUGGCUUCUGGUUUCAUUUAUUGGUGUGACUUCAGUAGUACUGUAGCAUCUCAGAAUGGUAUCCGCAGGAUCAAACCCGACGGCUCUGGGUUUCGAAGCAUCGUUACCUCUGGGAUCGGACGUAAUGGUAUUCGAGGCAUUGCUGUGGAUUGGGCGGCAGGAAACCUCUAUUUCACGAAUGCCUUCUUGACCGAGACGUACAUUGAAGUUAUUCGACUUAAUACCACCUUCCGUCGUGUGCUUCUCAAGACCCAAGUAGACAUGCCACGUCAUAUUGUGGUGGACCCCAAGAACAGAUAUCUUUUCUGGGCUGACUAUGGACAGACGCCCAAAAUUGAGCGGGCCUUUCUUGAUGGUACCAAUCGGACGGUGCUCGUAUCCUCUGGCAUCGUCACACCCAGGGGUUUGGCUCUGGACCAUCGAGAUGGAUACAUCUAUUGGGUGGACGAUUCACUGGACAUGAUCGCACGUGUUCAGCCUGAAGGGGGCGAGACGGAAGUUGUGAGGUAUGGGAGUCGCUAUCCGACUCCGUACGGCGUCACCGUGUUCGAGGGCAAUGUGAUCUGGGUGGACAGGAACUUAAAGAAAGUUUUCCAAGCCAGCAAACAUCCAGGAGCGACAGACCAGCCGGCGGUGAUCAGAGACAACAUCAACAUGCUUCGAGACGUCGCGAUCUUUGACCGGAGGAUGCAGCUGAGCUCAGCCCAAGAACUUAAUGGCAACCCUUGUUUGCAGUCUAACGGGGGCUGCGCUCACCUCUGCUUUGCCAUCCGUGGCGCUCAGACCAGAAAGUGCGCCUGCGCAUUUGGGAAUCUGGCCGCAGAUGGCAGCAGCUGUGUUGUGUCUCGGGAUGACUACCUUAUAUACACCACAGAAAGCACGGUGCGGUCGCUGCGGUUGGAUCCGGAGGAUCAUUCGCUGCCGUUUCCUGUAGUCAACGUACCACGGACUUCAGUGGCUCUUGAUUUCGACAGGUUGGAUGGCAGGAUUUAUUUCACCCAGAGCUCUGGAGCGGGCCAGAGCAAGAUUAGCUUCAUUACUUUGGCUUCACCUACCUCACCUGCCACAGUGGUGGCUUCAGAUCUGGGAGCUCCUGACGGUAUUGCCUAUGACUGGAUCAAUAAGCGGAUCUAUUACAGCGACUAUAUUAAUCAGACCAUCAGCUCCAUGGCUGUGGAUGGAUCUCAGCGGACUGUUGUAGCUCAGGUCCCCCGACCCAGAGCCAUCAUGCUGGAUCCAUGUAGAGGUUAUAUGUACUGGACUGACUGGGGAACCAGUGCAAAGAUAGAACGUGCUACACUGGGAGGAAACUUCAGGAUAGAGAUCGUCAACACUAGUCUGGUUUGGCCAAAUGGUUUGACGCUCGACUAUGAAGAUCAGAGGCUGUACUGGGCAGAUGCCAGCUUGCAGAAGAUCGAGAGAUGCUCUCUUAACGGAGCCAACCGUGAGGUCAUCGUGAGCACAGCUAUCUACCCGUUCGCAAUGACGGUGUAUGACCAACACAUCUACUGGACGGACUGGAACACCCGCAGCAUCUACCGCGCAAACAAGCACGAUGGGUCCGACCAGAGGGUGAUGCUACAAAACCUUCCUUCCCGACCCAUGGACAUCCAUGUGCUGUCCAACAACAAACAGCAGCAGUGCGGCAGUCCCUGCGAACAGUUCAAUGGCGGCUGCAGCCAUAUCUGCACUCCGGGUCCUCAGGGAGCAGAGUGUCAGUGUCCAUCCGAGGGCCGCUGGUAUCUGGCUGACAAUAAAUACUGUAUACCUGACAAUGGCACACGCUGUCAGCCGGGUCAGUUUACUUGCAUGAAUGGUCGCUGCAUUCGUGCACAGUGGAAAUGCGACAAUGAUGACGACUGCGGGGAUGGGAGUGAUGAACUGGAGAGGGUCUGCGCAUUUCACACCUGUGAGCCCACUGUGUUCACGUGUGGAAACGGCCGCUGCGUGCCGUAUCACUACCGCUGUGAUCACUACAACGACUGCGGUGACAACAGCGAUGAGACGGGUUGCCUGUUUCGCCCGUGCGAAACCAACACCGAGUUCACCUGCAACAACGGCCGCUGCAUUGCACGAGAAUACGUCUGCAAUGGAAUCAAUAACUGCUUUGAUAAUGGGACUUCAGAUGAACAAAACUGCCCUGACAGAACGUGCCAGCCAGAGCACACCAAAUGCCAAAGCACCAACAUCUGCAUCCCGCGCUCGUACCUGUGUGACGGUGAUAAUGAUUGUGGAGACAACAGUGAUGAGAGUCCUACACACUGUGCUACAUCUACGUGUUCUCAGAGCGAGUUUCGCUGUUUGAGCGGACGCUGUAUUCCUGGACACUGGUACUGUGAUGGCGGGACAGACUGUAGUGACGGUUCAGAUGAGCCAUCUACCUGCACCACCAUGGUGAGAACUUGCAACUCUGAUCAGUUUCGCUGUGAUGACGGACGGUGCAUCGCUUCAUCGUGGAUCUGCGACGGAGAUAACGAUUGCGGGGACAUGAGCGACGAAGACGAGCGACAUAACUGUGCUAAUCGUUCCUGCACAGCUCAGGAGUUCACCUGUAUAAAUAACAGGCCUCCUCAGAGGAAGUGCAUCCCGCGGGAUUGGGUGUGUGACGGAGAUGCCGACUGUUCGGAUGCAUAUGAUGAACAUCAGAACUGCACUCGUAGGUCUUGCUCUGCCAGCGAGUUCACGUGCAGCAACGGCCUUUGCAUCCGCAACUCUUACAGGUGUGACCGUCGCAACGAUUGUGGCGACAGUAGCGAUGAGCAAGGCUGCACCUAUCAGCCGUGUCAACAACACCAGUUUACCUGUCAGAACGGCCGCUGUAUCUCACGGGAUUUCGUUUGUGAUGGUGACAAUGACUGUGGGGAUGAAUCCGAUGAGCUCGAUCACCUGUGCAGGACUCCAGCCCCAACUUGCCCACCCGGAAACUUUAGGUGCGACAACGGGAACUGUGUGCCACUUAGCAAGGUGUGUGACAGGAGCGACGACUGCAAUGACAACAGUGAUGAGAAAGGCUGUGGUAUCAAUGAAUGUACAGACCCAUCCAUGCACCACUGUGACCACAAUUGCACUGACACGCUCACAAGCUUCAUCUGCACCUGUCGACCCGGGUAUCGCCUCAUGUCCGAUAAAAAAACUUGCGAUGACAUCGACGAGUGCUCCGUCACACCGAGCGUGUGUAGCCAAGUGUGUGAGAACAUCUUGGGGUCGUACGUUUGCAAGUGCGCUCCCGGUUUUCUCCGAGAACCUGAUGGCCACAGCUGUAGACAAAACAGCAACAUCCCCCCAUACUUGAUCUUUAGCAAUCGCUACUAUCUGCGGAAUCUGUCCACAGACGGCGAGGCGUAUUCGCUUAUUCUGCAGGGCCUAAGCAGCGUGGUUGCUCUGGACUUCGAUCGGGUGGAGAAACGGUUAUACUGGAUCGACGUGAGCCGCAGGGUGGUGGAACGGAUGUUCUUUAACGGCACGGGCCGAGAGGUCGUGGUAAAUGGAGUUUUGCACGGAGAAGGUCUUGCGGUCGAUUGGGUCGGAAGGAAGCUGUAUUGGGUUGACAGCUUCCUGGAUUGCAUGAUAGUGUCAGAAUUGGACGGGCGGUUUAUGAGGAAGCUAGCAGAACACUGUGUGGAUGUUAAUAACACAUACUGCUUUGAGAACCCAAGAGGCAUUGUGGUACAUCCAAAGACUGGGUAUGUGUACUGGAGCGAUUGGGGAGAUAAAGCCUUCAUUGGACGCGUUGGAAUGGACGGAAAUAACAAGUCAGCCAUCAUCACGACUAAGAUUGAGUGGCCUAAUGGUCUAACUAUUGACUACACCAAUGACAAACUUUACUGGUCUGAUGCUCAUCUCAACUACAUUGAAUUCUCUGACCUAGAUGGACGUCACAGGCACACCGUGUACGACGGCGUUCUGCCUCAUCCUUUCGCCAUCACCGUGUUCGAGGACUUUGUGUACUGGACGGAUUGGAACACUCACACCGUUGAAAAGGGAAACAAAUACGACGGGUCGGGAAGGCAGAUGCUCGUCAACACCACUCACCGACCCUUCGACAUCCACGUGUGCCACCCCUACCGUCAGCCCAUAGUGAUGAAUCCCUGCGCAGUGAAUAACGGAGGCUGUUCUCAUCUGUGUCUUCUGCGAGCCGGAGGUCAAGGGUUUACGUGCGAGUGUCCCGAUCACUUCUUGACCGUGCAGAUAGGGGGCGUGGCUCGCUGUCUGCCCAUGUGUUCCAGCACACAGUACAGAUGUGCAGACAAUGAACGUUGUAUUCCUAUUUGGUGGAAAUGUGAUGGUCAGCGAGACUGCAGAGACGGAUCCGAUGAGCCUUCCACAUGUCCGGUGCGGCACUGCAGACUGGGCCAGUAUCAGUGUAAUGAUGGAAACUGCACCAGCCCACACUUCCUAUGCAACUCCAACCAGGACUGUCCCGAUGGCUCGGAUGAGGACAAUGUGCUCUGUGCGACGCAUCAGUGCGAGUCACAUCAGUGGCAGUGUGCAAACAAGCGCUGCAUCCCAGAGGCAUGGCAGUGUGAUGGCGACAACGACUGCGGCGACAGCUCAGAUGAAGAUACCGCCCACUGUUCCACCAGAACAUGCCGACCCGGACAGUUCAAGUGCAGGAACGGCCGCUGCAUCCCGCAGAGCUGGAAAUGCGACGUGGACGACGACUGCGGCGACCACUCGGAUGAGCCCAUCGACGAAUGCAUGGGUCCGUUAUACAGAUGUGACAAUCACACGGAGUUUGACUGCAAGACAAACUACCGCUGUGUUCCUCUGUGGGCCGUCUGCAACAGACAAGAUGACUGCAGAGACAACAGUGAUGAACAAAACUGUGAGGAGUUGACGUGUGAACCAGUGGGUGAUUUCCGCUGUGACAACCACCAAUGCAUCCCGCUGCGCUGGCGCUGCGACGGAGACAAUGACUGCGGCGACGAAUCAGAUGAGCGCAACUGCACUCCUCGUCCGUGCACAGAGAGCGAGUAUCGCUGCGACAACCUGCACUGCAUUCCUGACCGCUGGGUUUGCGAUCAUGACAAUGACUGCGAGGAUAAUUCUGACGAGAGAGACUGCGAGCUGCGGACCUGUCAUCCGGGUUACUUCCAGUGCGGCAGCGGGCACUGCAUUGCGGAGCGUUUUAAAUGCGACGGCAACGCCGACUGUCUUGACUUCACUGACGAAAGUUCCUGUCCCACACGAUACCCAAACAGCACAUACUGUCCUCCGUUUCUCUUCGAAUGCAAGAACCAUGUGUGUGUGCAGCCGCACUGGAGAUGUGAUGGAGAUAAUGACUGCGGUGAUAAUUCAGAUGAAGAGCUUCAUCUCUGCUUGGAUAUCCCUUGCGAUCCUCCGUUCCGGUUCCGAUGUGAUAACAAUCGUUGCAUCUACAGCCACGAGCUCUGCAACUCCAUAGAUGACUGCGGUGACGGCACUGAUGAGAGGGCGGAGCAUUGUGUGACUCCGACUCACGGCCCGUGCUCUGCAGAUGAAUAUAAAUGUGGGAACGGUCACUGUAUUCCUCUACAGUACGCCUGCGAUGACUAUGAUGAUUGUGAAGACCAGACCGAUGAACUGGGCUGUCAUUAUGGCACUAGCCGUUCAUGCAGUGAGAAUCUGUGUGAGCAUAACUGCACAGAUAUAUCCAGUGGAGGCUUCAUUUGCUCCUGCAAACCGGGAUACAAACCCAACCCUGAGCACAAGACCACCUGUGAUGAUGUAGACGAGUGUGAGAUUUACAGGACGUGUCCUCAAUUGUGCAAGAACACCAAGGGCACUUACGAGUGUUUCUGUGCUGAAGGGUUUCGAUCUGUCGGGGAACAACCUGGAGUCGAAUGCGCUGCUGAGGGAAAUCCUCCCGUGUUAUUAUUACCUGAUAACGUGCGCAUCCGUCGCUUUAAUCUGUCUAGCGCGCAGUACUCGGAUUACGUGGAUAACGCAGAGCACAUUCAGGCCCUGGAUUACCUGUGGGACCCCGAGGGCCUUGGGCUCAGUGUAGUUUACUGGACAGUGUUGGGUCGAGGUGCUGACUUUGGUGCGAUAAAGAGAGCUUACAUGACCACAUUUGAUGAUUACGGCAAUAAUCCUGUGAAAGAGAUGAACCUCAAUCUCAGAUACAUCUCCAGCCCGGAUGGCAUCGCUGUGGACUGGAUUGGACGCCAUAUUUACUGGACCGAUGCUGGAACCAAUCGGAUCGAAGUGGCCAAAAUGGAUGGGCGGUACAGGAAGUGGUUAAUUCACACCGAUCUUGAUCAACCAGCUGCUAUUGUGGUGAAUCCGGCUCUAGGUAAGAUGUUCUGGACCGACUGGGGAAGGAAACCCAAAAUCGAAUCAGCGUGGAUGGACGGCCAGCACAGACAAGUCCUGUUAGAGGAAGAUCUGGGCUGGCCCACUGGUUUAGCUUUGGAUUACCUGAAUGAAAACCGAAUCUACUGGUGUGACUCCAAAGAAAACAUCAUAGAGUCCAUGAAAGCAGAUGGAACGGACCGACAAAUCAUCAUAUCAGGAGACAUCGGUCACCCCUACAGUCUAGAUGUGUUUGAGGGACAUGUGUACUGGACCACUAAAGAAAAGGGAGAAGUGUGGAAGAAAGAUAAGUUUGGUAAAGGAGAUAAAGUGAAGGUAUUGACUAUAAACCCCUGGCUGACUCAAGUUCGCAUCUACCAGCAGCACAGACAUAAUCACUCAGUAGUCAAUCCCUGUCAGGGUGUCUGCAGUCACCUUUGUUUACUGCGACCAGGUGGAUUCACCUGUGCCUGUCCGCAGGGUUCCAGUACUCUCACCUUCAACAAAAAUGAAUGUGAUGCAGCCAUUGAGCCGGAGGUUUCCAUGCCUCUUGCAUGCAGAUGCAUGAAUGGAGGAACGUGCUACAUCGAUGAAGGGGACCUGCCGAGGUGCAAGUGCCCGUACGGAUAUUCGGGUAGUUACUGUGAAAUGGGAAGAUUUAUAGGUGCACCCGCAGGCACAGCUGUGGCCGUUCUGUUAGCAGUGAUUAUUAUUCUCAUUACCGGAGCGCUGGCGGUGGCAGUUUUCCUUAACUACAAGCGCACCGGUUCCCUCAUUCCAUCAAUACCUAAACUACCCAGUCUGAGCAGUCUGGUGAAGUCGGGCGAUGCAGGAAACGGGGUGUCGUUCCAUUCGGGUGACAAUGUGACCAUGGACCUGGAGCCUCAGACUGUAGGGGUGUCCUUCAUCGACAGAGCCAUGCAGCUGGAUGAGAAUUUUGUAGAGUCUGGAAGGCAGCCGAUCACAUUUGAGAAUCCUCUAUAUUCAACUACAGCAGGCCCGUCUGGUGCCCCUGCAGUCAUACAUCCGACACAGGUCACAGUGGAUGUCAGUGGUGAUCAGAAUACCUUCUCAAACCCUACAUAUCACACUCGUGAAAAACCUGUGGAGGUAAAGAGCAUCCCAGUGGAGCAAACAAACACACAGGAGUCCAGAUGGAGCAUCUUCAAAAGAAAGCUGAAGCCAAGUACAACAUUUGAAAACCCAAUAUAUUCAGAGAUGCAGGACCAGCAGGCUGUUGGAGGUGAAGAAGCCAGCGAUACUCAACCAUCUCCAUUCGUCCCCCCUCCCAAAACUCAGAAACUGAGCUCCUAUACACCCACAGAGGACACCUACAGAGAUACGGCCAACCUGGUCAAAGAGGACAGUGAAAUAUAACCAUCACAAAUAUAAGCGACACACUCCCUUUGCCCAAAAUCUUAUUUUUAUAUGCAGCCGAAUCAUUGUAAGAUUACUUUGCAAAACGAAGAUGGAGAUAAAUUUGAUCAAAUGUUUGUACAGUAUCACCUACAGUAAGUAAGGUCUGUCCAGAGUUUGCCUUUGUAUGCCAAUUCUUGUAUGAUGAUUUUUUUUAUUGUGAUGUCAUAUUUGUAUAUCUUUGCACUGAUGCUGCUGAUGGAGAAUGCUAUGAAUAUUUUGUACAUUUGUAAAUUGAAAAGAUUUUGUU